GCCCCCUUCUUUGUUUCCUUACCUCCAUGGUGACGAAUGCAAACCUGAGGUCAUCGGCGCUAUUUUCAAACUUUCUCUUUCGGCAUUUGCUUUUAAUAUAAUAUUUAUUGAUAUAGCAUUUGCUCCUAUAAUGGUUCGGUUGCCACGGUCGCGUCCAUUUAUGUGGUGCUAAAUUGUCGUAGCUGUCAGACAAAAGUGCUUCCUUCCGCCUAAAGGAGUCAUGGAGAGCAUCGCGGAGAGGAAAUUCGUCAACUUGAGGAGGCGUCUGGACCAGCUGGGCUACAUGUAUCCUUUGGGGAUUGAAAACCUGCCGCUCGUCGAGAAGCUUUUUAGCGAUCUGGUCCACACGACCGAAAGCCUGCGCAAUGCAAAACUUUCAGCAAAGUCAGAGAAAGAGAGCCAAAACUGUGACGUCCUCCUGGAGCCCUACAGGGCAGAUAAUGCAAGGCUGGUCAAGGAGAACAACCAGCUUCACCUUGCGCUCCUCAAGGCGAAGGAGGAGAUGGACCAUAUCACCAGAGAGCUGAAAACCCGCAUCAGAAAACUGGACCAUGACGCGUGCGACCUGAAGUUCCUGAACAAUCAGUACGCGCACAAGGUCCGCUGCCUGGAGAAGGACGGCAGAGCCAAAGCCGAGCGCAUCCUGCAGCUGCAGGAGAAGAACUUACAAGCAGUGGUGCAGACCCCAGGUGGGAAAAAGCGCAGCAUCGCUUUCCGACGUCAGAGAUUGCAGAUUGACGAGCUGAUCCCUCCUCCCGAGACAUCCGGAUAUCCCGUGGCCCAGCCUGACGAUCCGUAUAUAGCAGAUCUCCUGCAACUGGCUGAUAACAGGAUUCUUGAGCUGCAGGAUGAAAUCACAAAAGUUCAAUCUGAGCUGGACAAUACCCACGAAUGUAUUCAACUCUUAAAUACUCAAAUUGGCGAGAGGGACAAAGAGAUUGAGCGUCUGAACCGUGCGCUUCAUGGAGGGCGACCUCGUGAUGUCGUCUCUUUGGAGGCUCAGAACGUCAGCAAUGAGAAACUGAUCGCUCAACUCAACCUUCAGGUCGAGUACCUCCAAGAGAGCAACAAAACACUGGAGCAGGAGGUGGAGGGACUGCAGCACAAGUCCUCCAACGAAGUGGCCGACCUCUCCUUGAAGAACUUUGAACUGUGUCAGGAACUCACACACAUCGACGGCCUGGCCCAGCGGAUGGAGAUGGAUAAGGAGCGAGUGCUGGAAAUGGCCGACGUGGAGUUGCGAGAUAAUAAAGAAGUCAUUCGAAGUCAACAAGAAGUCAUUGAAGAAUUGGAGGAGAAUCUUAAAAAAAUAACAGCAGAACUUUCUGAGCGGGACUUUGACAAAGGCUCUUUUGAAGAGCAGCUGCUGGAACUCCGAAGGCAGAACGAGAAAUUGGAGGGAACGCUGGAAGUUCUGGAGGCGGAGAAAAGCAGAUUGCAGGACAAAGUUGAGAAGAUGAUGUCUGCAGACAAAGACAUGGUGCUGGAGCUGGAGGCUAUGCGAGCCAAACACGGCGUCUGCGGAAGGGAACGCUCGCCGUCGCGCCUGGACGCCUUCGUUAAGAGUCUGGAGGAGGAGCGGGAGCGCUAUCGCCAGGAAGCCGAACGCAGCAGACGAGUCCGAGCAAGCGGCAGCCCCGUUCGUAGUCCGGUCCGGAGCAGGAGUCCUGGAGGCAAUGUAGUCAGGGGAGGCGUCGCCGAGGCCGACAUGCUCGCUUUGGUGAAGGAGCGAGACGAGCUGAAGGCGGUUCUGCAGGAAGUGGAGGAGCAUACCGAGGACAUCCAGACCAACGUGAAAGCCCUCAGCGCUGAGAGAGACCACUUCAAAGCCAUGUUUUACCAGGCGCAAGAGCAGCUGCAGGACGCCUGGCAAAGCUCGAGCUCAUCGGAUGACGUCUUGAACCUGAAAGAGGAGCUCAGGCUUGCAGAAAGUAAAAUUCUGCAGGUUAGGGCAGAAAGGGACUUAUUGAUGGAGGAAUUUAAGGUUGGCCAGACUUCCGCUCUCCCAAAUGGACAUGGGCAGGAACAGAGGAUUCUUGACAUGCAGAAUGGCAUUCACCACGUGGAACAGGAGAACUUGGAGCUGCGCUCACAGCUCUUUGCGCUGAAGGACAGCAAGCGGGACAUGGAGCAGAAGCUGGACGUUCAGUCGAGCGCUCUGCUUCAAAACGCAGAGGAGGCGGCGCAAUACAGGAAAGCAUCUUUGGCUCUGAGGCUGCAGCAGGAGCAGAUGCAGCAGGAGCUCUCCGACCUCCAACACAAGCUGUCUGUAAAGACCACCGAGCUGCGUGCCGCUCGAGAACAGACGGAAAUACAGAACGAGACAAUGGGGGUGCUGCGUCAGCAGGUGUCCAAGCACAAGCAGGAGGCCGAGGUUCUUCGGAUCUCCUUCUCUGCGCUGGAUAAGGAGAAGGACGGUCUACUGGAUGAGGUGGAUCAGAAGACGGAGAAGAUGGUUGUCCUUCAGGAGGAACUUGAAAACAAGGCAAAGACCCUUGAAGAUGUGAGGCUCGCGGUCACCGCAAUGGACAAAUCUAUGUGUCAACUGCAGGGAGCGCUCAACAGCCGUGAGAGGGAGCUGGCCAGUCUGAGGAAACAGUUAGACGACGCUCAGAUGGAGCUCGCGGGACUGCGGAAAACCAGAGAGAUCACAGCCAGGGAGAAGAGGAAUCUUCAGGACGACCUGACCACCAUGACCAGGGAGAACCAAGCGGUCCAUGCGGAGAUGGGGGAGGCCUUACGCGAGCGCGACGAGCUGAAACUGAGAGUGCAUUCUUACAUCGCCACAGUGGCCAGGGUUGAGAACCUGUUGAAGACAAAGGAUCAGGAGAACCUGGACCUGCUAGCGCGCUUCCGCACAGCCCUCUCGGACGUGCAGGAGCGCGAGCACCGGCUGCAGCAGUUCGAGGAGCUCAAGAACUCCGUCCGCCUGGACCUCCUCUCGUCCGACACGGAACGCCGGCACCUGCUCGAAGCCGUCGGCCACCAGAAGCGCGAGAUUCAGCAGCAUGUGCAAGCCCUGCAAGCAUACGAGGACAAAGUGUCGUCGCUGGCCCGAGCCAUGGCCCGACUCGAGGAGGAGCUGCGAAGGGUCCAGGAGGAGAAUGCGUCGCUCGUCUCCGACUUGGCCACCGUCAGGGAGUUAUGCGUCAAGCUAGAAUCGGCCAAGGAUCUCACUGCGCGACACGUUACGUCCAAAAGCAUGGAGCUCGAGAGGGUGGAAGGAGAGCUGGAGGACGUGCGCUCUGUAGCGGAGCUGCUGAAAAAGCAGCUGGCCAGCGAGCGAGUGACAGUCCGCAACCUGGAGACGCUGCUGUCCACCAAUCGCCAGAAGGACAUCCAGACGCACCUGACGGCCAGCGAGAAGGAGUCUGAGCUCAAGGUCCUGCGCGACAGGCUCACCCUGGCCGACAACAAGAACGCCGAGCACGCCAGGGACGUGUCCAACCUCCGCACGAAGGUCUCUAAGCUGCAGGCAGAGAUGGACGUCCUCAACAGACAGUUGACAUCAGAGCGCUUCCAGAACGAGAGGACCAUGCAGGAGAUGCGCCGGCUAGGCGUGUCCAUCUCGCCUCUGCGGAGCUCGUCGUCGCUCAACGUCACGACGACUUCGCAGAGCACGUCCAACAACAGCUCCGCUGACAAGUCGGACAAUUAAUUCAGCAUUCUUUUCUUCUAUGCACACGACAUACAGGAAUGUCCUGACUUGUGAGUUUUCCUCGGUACAAGCCAUCACUUGGUUGGAUUUUUUUUAUUUUUUAUUUUUUUUCCCCUACAUAUAUUUGUUUGCAUUCAAAGCACUUUCAGCCGUCGAUUGAACGGGAAAAACAGUCAAGUACAAAAUGAGAACACUCGCAAGGAGCUGCUGUAGCACACUCACAUGCAGACCAACUGGCCAUCCCGACGUCACGCACUAGGCCACGCCCCUUAAAGGGACACAUCCAACGCACAAAUACUCGAGUAUGUACAGGAAUGAAACUUUAUUAAAGUAGUUUGUCUUUACAGUUUUAUGUUUUUAUACAAGGGUGCUAUUUUUCUUUAUUAAAACAUAACCAAAAAUGCUUUGUAUUUUGGGGGCAUGGAACAGAUUAAUAGCAUUUUUAUUAGUUCCAACUUAUUCGUAUAAGUUGAGUUACAAGCUUCCUCUGCGAGCGAAUUAAACUUGUUAGUCAAGGUACCACUGUACAUAUUCAAGUGUUUCUCAAUAAUAUUUUUCUGUAAAAAGAUUUAUUUCAGUAGUUCAAUUUCAAAGUUGAAUCUUCAUUUACUGUUUCCACUACACACACAGCGGUAGUUAAUGAUUUUUUUUAAAUAUUAUUUUGCUUACAGCUAAUGAAAAUUUACAAUCUCAAAUUGAAAUAUUAAUAAUUUAUAUAGUGCCUUUCAAAACUCUUACAAAGUGCAUCACAUUAUAGCAACCAAUUAAUUUAUAUCGUACCUUUCAAAACAGUUACAAAGUGCUUCACAGUACAACAACCUAUGAGCAAUAAUACUGUGCAACUAUUGUCUACCUUAAUAUUUAAUAGAAUAAAAUUGCACAUGAAAAUGACAAAGUAAACAAAAUAAGAUAGAAUAUCAACGAUAGAGAUUGCAAAAAGGCCAAACAAGAAGAAAUGAUUUUUAUUAUUCAAAAAGUAUUUACUGACGAUACAAUAUUUAUUUGAACUACUUAAAUAAACGUUUCUACCUUAUUGUAAUUUAUUGAGGUACACAAAAAAGCAAAAGUAAAUAUAAAUAUUUGUUUGUUUGUUGUAUUUGUUGUAAUGCUUUCCAUAAAUGAAAUCCCUGUAAAAUCGCCCUGCCAGCAUUUGCCAACUUGUAUUUAACCAAAGAAUUAUACUUGAAUUGUACAUGUACAUCUUGGACUUUUGUUUUCUGUAAAAAUGUUUACCUCCAUCCUUUUUUCCCUUGUGUUAUAAAUGUAUAUAUACCUUU